CUCUCUCUCCCCCUCUCUCUCCUUUCUCUCCGCCAUGUUUCUUCUCUCCCUUUCUUUCCUUUUGUCUUCAAUAUUUGUUUCUCCGAUCCUUGAAAACUGAAAACCAUCCUUACUCAGGUCUCGUCUUCUUGAGAGUUGAACUCUUUAUUAGUGGUAACACAUCUUUUGUCAUUCAAUUUCAUCAAUUCAAGGCAGAGUAUUCUAAUGAACUCACAAUCAAGCUCGCCAAUAGCUAAUGGAGGAAGAGAUCAUGCUGUCAUCACAAUUGUAGCUACAGACAAUAUCCAGACGACACCAUUGGAUUUGGACCAAAGAAUCCAGGAAACAAGAUGGCUUCUGCAUCCAUCAGCAGGAAACAAGUCUUGUUGCAUUUUCAAGGUACGUCAAUGCCUUGUGGAAAUAAACAACAAGACUUACCAGCCCCAUAUUGUCUCCAGUGGUCCAUAUCACUAUGGAGAUCAACGUUUGGAGAUGAUGCAGCAACACAAAUGGAGAUUUCUUCACGAUCUACUUGCUCGAACACCUUCAAACGGCCCAACACUUGAUUGCUAUCGCCAGGUGGUAGCAGCAAUGGAAGAAGAUAUAAGAGGGUGCUACUCGGAGACCAUCAGUUUAAGCAGUAAUGAUCUAAUUGAGAUGAUGGUGUUGGAUGGUCUCUUCACUAUUGAACUCUUUUGCAAAGUCGGAAGAUUGUCACCAAGUGAUCCAGACGAUCCCAUCUUUAACUUGGCAUGCGUAUUCGCUAAUAUCUUAGAAGAUCUUUUUCGUUUUGAGAAUCAAAUUCCUUUCUUCCUUCUUCAAAAACUAUUUGAUGAAUCAAAACCUUCAAGAGAAGAUAGUGACUCAUCCUUAGCCAAACUUUCUUUAGACUUCUUUACUCAUGCAGUAGAAGCCCCUGAGCAAGUUUUAAAUCAGGACUUCACUACUGUUGAAGGAAAACAUUUACUGGAUUUACUCCGCUGGAGUUUUAUACCUAAACCCUAUGAUCAUUCACCUCAAGAAGAGCCUCGAAAUGUUCGUCCAUUCGUUAAAUUGUUUAAGUAUGCCAAAAAGCCUCUAGAAGGAACAAGGAAGGCAAUGCAAAAGUUUGUUGCAGGAAGGAAGGUAAAUACUUCUCCAUCCGUUGAAUUUAUCCAGUCAGCUAAAAAGCUUCGUCAAGCUGGAAUUAAGUUCAAGACAAGGGAGGCAGUGAGCUUCUUAGACAUAAGAUUUUGCAAUGGAGUGCUGGAAAUUCCACACAUAGUAAUCGACAAUCUACGGACUGAUUUAUUGAUGAAUUUUGUAGCAUUUGAACAAUGCUACUCUCAUUGCUCAAAGCAUGUAACUAGUUACGCUGCAUUCAUGAGUUGUCUGAUCCGCACGCCUGAAGACGUAUCAUUUCUCUGUGACAAGAAAAUUGUUGAGAAUUAUCUUGGAACUGAUGAGGAGGUUGUUCAUUUCUUCAAAAACCUUGGCAAAGGUGUGGCGUUUGAUAUUGAUGAGAGUUAUCUAUGGAAGUUGUUCAAAGAGGUGAAUGAGUACCAUAGAAAUAUGUGGCAUGUGCGAUGGGAAGGUUUUAGAUCCAAGUAUUUUGGUACUCCAUGGUCUUUCUUGUCUGCUUUAGCUGCUGUUAUACUCCUACUACUCACUGCAAUUCAGACCUUCUUUACUGUUUAUGAAUAAGCCAGUCCAUCUGGGGCUUGAGGGAAACGCUAGAGUAGCAAUAAUGUCAGGAUGUUUGACAUUUUUUUUUGCACCUUGUGUGUAUUUUUGCGUCUUUUAAUAUCUUCCCAAGCUGGAUGAGUAUAAAUAUGGUCAGCAUGGUCCCUAGGCAGCUCUGUGAAUGUUCUGAUUAUGAAAUUCUCCUCUGUUUCCUCGGGUAUUCUGGAUAUUGUCCACUGUAAAAUGAUCCAGUACUUGUCCAAUCAGUUGUUGUUGAUCAUUGACAUCUAGUUGAGUUUUGAACAUAAAAAUUAGCUCUUCAAAUCGCCUUUCGCUCAUGAAUUUCUAUAUAACUGCGGAAAGGAAAAGAGCCUGGUCAGGGAAGGGGAGUUUCUUGAACCGUCUUCAGUUUCCUCUGGGAGUUGCUCCACUGUAACAUCUUCACCUACUUUAUUGUGGAUUUCUUCCGUCCUCUCAUCUUGAUCAGCGACAGAGAGUUUGCUGAAUCCGAAGAUUGAAAGGCAUAGGACUAAUUCACCACCAUCAUCAACAUGAUCG